AUGGCCUCCUCUUCUUUGCUUCUCAUUUGCCUGGCUGCAAUGGUGUAUCUCACUGAAGCUGCACCACUGAUAUCCCAUGGCUCCAUUGAUUCCAAGUGCCCUCUUAUGGUGAAAGUCCUUGAUGCAGUUCGAGGAAGCCCAGCUACCAACCUAGUCGUAAGAGUGUCUAAACAAGCUGAAGAUGGAACCUGGAAGGAGUUUGCUAAUGGGAAAACAAAUGAAUUUGGGGAAAUCCAUGAACUUACAACAGAUGAACAAUUUGUAGAAGGUCUGUACAAGGUAGAGUUUGACACCAGCACAUACUGGAGGGCACUUGGUGUUUCCCCAUUUCACGAAUAUGCUGAUGUGAUUUUUACUGCUAACGAUUCUGGCCAUCGUCAUUACACCAUUGCUGCUCUUCUUAGUCCCUUUUCUUAUUCUACCACAGCUGUUGUCAGUGACCCAAAGGAAUGAGACCAUACGCUAUUCUUACAAGGUUCUCUAUGCUGUUCCAUUUGUGUAGCAUUAUUUUAAAGGAAGCAGUUAACAUGUAUAAUCAAUGGCUCAUUUAC